CCGCUCCCCAUCCCGGGAGCCCUCCUCCGACCCGCCCCGCGACGCCUCCUCCGAGCCCCACCACAACGGCUCCGCCACCGGCGCCCCCGAGGCCGACUCGUCCUCGCGCCGCCGCCGCCGCAGCCGAUGGGAGCAGUCCAACGACGACUCGGGCGCCAACUCCGGCGGCGAGGGCGGCGCGGGCCGCAAGCGCAAGUCGCGGUGGGCCGAGGAGGAGCCCCGCCCCACCAUCGCGCUCCCGGAUUUCAUGAAGGACUUCGCCGCCGAGAUGGAUCCCGAGGUGCACAACCUCAACUCGCGCCUCCUCGAGAUCUCGCGCCUGCUGCAGUCGGGCCUGCCCCUCGACGACCGCCCCGAGGGCGCGCGCUCGCCCUCCCCCGAGCCCAUCUACGACAACCUCGGCAUCCGCAUCAACACCCGCGAGUACCGCGCCAGGGAGCGCCUCAACCGCGAGCGCCAGGAGAUCAUCUCCCAGCUCAUCCGCCGCAACCCCGCCUUCAAGCCCCCCGCCGAUUACCGCCCGCCCAAGCUCCACAAGAAGCUCUACAUCCCCAUGAAGGAGUACCCGGGCUACAACUUCAUUGGCCUCAUCAUCGGCCCCCGUGGCAACACGCAGAAGCGGAUGGAGAAGGAGACGGGGGCCAAGAUUGUAAUCCGGGGGAAGGGCAGCGUCAAGGAGGGUAAGCUGCUGCAGAAGAGGGACCUCAAGCCAGAUCCCAGUGAGAACGAGGACCUUCAUGUGCUUGUUGAGGCCGACACUGCCGAGGCCUUGGAGGCAGCUGCGGGCAUGGUGGAGAAGCUGCUUACCCCCGUGGAUGAAGUGCUCAAUGAGCACAAGCGGCAGCAGCUGCGGGAGCUUGCAGCGCUCAACGGGACGAUUAGGGAUGAUGAGUUCUGCAGGACCUGCGGCGAGCCGGGUCACCGGCAGUAUGCCUGCCCUAAUAGGUCAUCAACGUUUAAGAGCGAGGUGCAGUGUAAGAUCUGUGGUGAUGGUGGACACCCCACAAUUGAUUGUCCAGUCAAGGGCACAUCCGGGAAAAAGAUGGACGAUGAGUACCAGAACUUCCUUGCUGAGCUUGGAGGGAGUGCACCUGAGUCGAUGAAUAAGUCUGGUGGUCCGAUGCUGGCUAUAACAGGUGGUGGUGGUGGUGGCGGCAGCGGCAGUGGCAGUACCUCGCCAUGGACUCCAGGUGGUGGUGCAGCAACACCAGGAGCAAAUGGGAUCAAGAAGGAUUAUGACGAGACCAAUCUUUAUAUUGGGUACUUGCCGCCUAUGUUUGAUGAUUCAGGGCUCAUCAGUCUGUUCUCUCAAUUUGGAGAGAUUGUCAUGGCAAAGGUUAUCAAGGAUCGUAACACGGGGCAGAGCAAAGGAUAUGGAUUUGUGAAAUAUGCAGAUGUCUCCCAGGCUAAUGCUGCAAUUGCUGCGAUGAGUGGUUACCAUCUUGAGGGAAGAACUAUCGCGGUUAGAGUUGCAGGCAAGCCACCACAGCCGGCUGCUCCCCCUGGCCCACCAAUGUACCACUCCGCAGAUCCUUCUGCUGGUGGUUACAACUCGCAGCCCUACAUGGGAGGACAUCCACCACCACCUCCUCAAGGUAACUAUGCUCCAGCACCUUGGGGGCAACCACCACCUUAUGCUUCCUACCCUCCACCGCCACCGCCAGGCAUGUACAACCCUGCACCAGGCCAGACUGCUCCACCUCCAUAUGGUAUGCAGUACCCACCACCACCAGCUCCGGUACCUCCACCAGGCACUACUGCAUCAGCUGAUGGAGCGCAGAACUACCCUCCGGGUGUAACGCCACCAAGUUCUGGUGCACCUACUCAGCCUGUACCAGCUCCAGGAUAUGGAACCUCUGGUGCACAAAACAUGCCACAUAUGUACCCUCCACCACCUUAUAGUUACGCCCCAUAUUAUCAAUCUGUGCCCCCGCCUCCGCCACCACCAGCUAGUGUUGAUCCGUCGCAAAGCAUUGCAACAGCACCUUGGGCCACCCACAAUGCACCGCCUCCGCCACCACCAGCUAGUGUUGAUCCGUCACAAAGCAUUGCAACAGCACCUUGGGCCACCCACAAUGCACCGCCUCCACCACCACCGGUUGAUUCCUCGCAGAGCAAUUCAAGUGCACCUUGGGCCAAUCACAAUGCACCGCCGCCACCACCUCCUCUGUCAUCUUCCAUUGAACCACCCCCUGCUCCCUAUGGUGCUGAUGCAGAGUAUGAAAAAUUUAUGUCAGAAAUGAAAUGAUAUGAGUGAAGCUGGUGCAUUCUUUCAACACUGGGAAAGGCUUAAGGUUUCUUGGAGCUAAUGCGAACAUGAUUUAUUUGUUGUUGGAAGUUUGGGACUCAUAUCUUUAACCUUGCUGUGCUGUUAUGACCAUUGCAGAGGAGGAUGAUGAGGACGUUUAGCAUUACCGGCUUAUUGGGCAGCAUAAUAUCUACUUUAUCACCAUUUCUCAGAACUAUUUGAAGGAAUCCUUUACUAAUACUUUUGUUUCGAUGUUAUUCUUGUCAUUACUUGAGAUUUGGUAUUUGAUGUCACUUUAAUGCUCUGUUGGUUGUGAUAUUAUUUUUAUUAUUCUCACCUGUA